AGCAGCAGAACAAGCGGGUUGGAUUUAUCACGUCGCUGCCGCUACUGUAGGCCUCCUGCUGCUCCAUGACGUCGUGGAAGGCGCGAGCUCCUGCUUUACCGGUUUGCAGAGCCGCACCGCUCCACCUACGCAACGUCGCGAGGCCGAUAUCGUUAACGCGGCGGAAGGUUGCGGAGCCGAAGCCCGAACCCGAGGAGACGCGGCGACCCUGAAACGCGAGAACAAAGCGCGCGGGGGCUCUCGGAGAUAUCGCGGUAUGACAGGCUACUAUGCCGAACUUCGGCGCAAUAAAUCCGGGCCUUCGGCGUGAUCAACCCGGGCGCAGCCUGUCGCGGCCCCUUGCCAGCCUUGCUGCUUGUCUGACCCCUCCCAGCUUCGCCGCUGUUUGAGCUUCGCCCCCGACGCCCGCGAGCACGGUGCGGGCGGGGGUUGUCCGUUGGCCCGAGCGCUGCGCUGCCGC